GGUUAUUCUCUGAUUUUCCUAUAUAAAUGCCGAACAAACCUCAUCCGGAUACAGUUAUUCAGCAACUAUCGAACAACUACAUCGCAUUAAAAAUGAAACUAUUUAUCUGUUUACUCGUAACUACAUCCUGUGCGUUUGCUCUGCCAGUAGAUCAGCAGACGUCGACACAAACUAGUACUUCAACAAUCAGGAACUUUGGAGAUCGUUUGCAACCCAAAACCAGUGAUGAUAAACCGUUGAUUACUCAACAAAAUCCAGCUCAAUGGGUUAGUCAAACUUCAACCAGUGACAAACAGAUCAAAACAGAGACCGCUACAUUGAAUUUGAACAACCAGGAUACUGAUACUAGCACCAAUAGUCAAACAAACAACAAAAACACUCAAAAACGAGAUACACAGAGUUCAUCGGUUCAGCCAGCAUCCGCCGUAAGUCCUGCCUCUGUUACAAAUGUAAACAACAAGCCACCGACAAGUAGUGUCUCUACUUCAACUAAACAGACACAAACGGUUCGACGUGCUGCAAAAAAUCCGGCAACUACUUCGGCUGUUCAACAAAACAACAACGACAACAAAUAUCAACCUGCUCCACUUUCUAACAAUCAACCUUCCAAAGCAGUUCCAGCUGUGCAGCCAGUAAAAGCCAACUGAACAAAUCUUCGAAAUGAUUAUUUGAACUGAAAAAUAGAAGAGGUUAUCUUAUAUUUUUUUUCUUUAAUAAAGUUACUCAAUUAGCAAAACAA